CACUCACAAACACUCCCAACAAACAAUUACUUCUCUCAAAAGUCAUAACUUAUAUCUAACUUGCAAAAACUACCAACAAACCGUAACUUCACCUCACAUAUUUAUGGAUGCCUUUAUCGAAUCGUACAAUCCAUUUCCAUCAGUAUCAUCAGAAAGUGUUCCAUUAGCACACUUUUUGACCUCAUGUCGUAGCAAAAGCUCAGUCUUGAAUGCGGCUGCUGAAUCCGAAGUGAUGUUGGCUUCACGAAACCCGAAGAAGAGGGCCGGAAGGAAGAAGUUUAGAGAGACUCGACACCCGGUUUACCGAGGAGUGAGAAUGAGGGAUAACGGGAAGUGGGUUUGUGAGUUAAGAGAACCGAGCAAGAACAUGAGGGUCUGGUUAGGGACUCAUCCUACAGCUAUAAUGGCAGCAAGAGCACAUGAUGUGGCGGCGUUUGCCUUCAGGGGACGACGGGCGUGUUUGAAUUUUGCUGAUUCUGUGUGGCGGCUGCCGGUUCCGAAGUCUAGCAGUAUUGUAGAUAUACAAAAGGCCGCUGCAGAAGCUGCGGAGGCUUUUAGAUACUCGGAGGAAGAGGUGGAGAUUGUGGAUACGAAGGAGUUGCCGGAAAUUCUGUAUUACGUGGAUGAAGAAGAUAUUUUUGAGACGCCGGAAUUUUUUGUUAGCAUGGCGGAGGGACUGAUGGUAGCGCCUCCGCAGACAGUGGGAUAUGGCUGUUACGAGGAUAACGUCGAAUUUUUUGUUGACGAGUCUUUAUGGACCUUUUAGAUUUAGUGAGUGUAUAUAUUCACAUUUACUCUUUUUUAAUUUAAAAUAGAUUCUUGAUUAAUUUUCCUCGUGACUAGUUGAUUUUUGUAGACUAGCCAAUGAGAUGCAUAUAGUAUGCAACACAUUUGCAUUGUAAAAAGAAAUAUGAAUUCUAUGAAAUAAAUAAAUCACUUCUUCAAUAA